AUGACGAAAGUUAUACCGACUACCGGCAUCACUAUCAUCAUUGUCGGUCUUGGGAUCGCUGGACUCACUGCCGCAAUUGAGUGUCAUCGACAAGGUCAUAAGGUGAUUGGAUUAGAAAAGAAAAGCACGGUAUAUCAACUUGGGGAUAUCAUUGGCCUAAGUGAGAAUGGCCUCAAGGUCCUUUCGCAAUGGCCCAACGCCAACGGCACCUCCGUUGCCUCAACCCUGACAUCGCUCGGUAGCGAACUGUCUUCGGUGGAGAUUUUCAGUAGUGCUGGGGAAUUGAAAUAUACCAUCCCAUUCGGCGCCGAUAGUCCAGUGGCGGGACUGUUUCUUCGUCGGUCGGACCUGGUCGAGUCGCUGUAUCAGUAUGCGACAAGCGAACUCGGAUUGGAUCUGAGAUAUGGAGUGACGGUAGAGGAAUAUUGGGAGACAGCAACAACAGCGGGUGUGAUUGUCGAGGGGGCAGAAAGAAUAAGCGGGCAUUGUGUGAUUGGGGCAGAUGGCAUUUAUAGCAAAACGCGUGCCAUCAUCACCGGUGACAGCCCAGAAGAGGACGCCGCCACUCUUCUGGAAACCGGGGGCGCAAUAUUUCGAUCGACGUUUGAUGCGAGUGCGGUCGCUACCGAUCCUGAUGCACAGUGGGUAUUGCAGGACGCAUCGACACAUGACAGACAUGAGAUCUAUCUUGGAAAGGAUGUCACGAUUCUUAUGGGGACCAUGGGGAAGGGGAAAUAUGUGUGGUGGAAUUGUUCACACAGGGACCCGACGAAAGCUACGACCAACUGGGUCCAAGCCGCAUCCAUUGCCCCGGUCCUGAGAUAUAUACAAGACUGGCCGAUCGCGAAGAAGCUAUCUGCCGUGAUAUCCAAGACCCCUCAAGGCAAAUGUUUCAAUCAUUCACUGGUUACAAGAAAGCCCAUACGGACUUGGGUUUCGCGCCAGGGCCGAAUGGUUGUAAUCGGGGACGCGGCGCAUCAAUUUCUACCACAUACGGGGCAGGGGGCCAACCAGGCCAUUGAAGAUGCCGCCGUGGUGGCAGUUUGCUUGCGGCUGGCAUCGCGUUCGAACGAUUCGAGUAGCCGGGAGGAAGAUGGUGUUCCUUUGGCGUUGCGCGUGAUGGAGAAGCUCAGGCAAGUUUUGGGCCCACGGGUCUCCGUAAUCCAAGAAGGCUCUGUCGAAGCCCAGGAAGUUACUCUUGAAGCCGAUAUGGACACUGGCACCUCCGGCGACCGUUUUAAUGCGAUCUCCCGUCCAGCCUGGAUUCAUUGCCAUGAUUGUGUUAGCCACGCUCACGAGGAAUUCUCUAAAGUAGUGGAUGCGCUGAACAAGGGAGAGGGAAAUUGCGAUGCAUAUGUUCCCACGAAUGCCCCUAUGGAUGGGUUGUUCCACGCGGAAGACGAUUAUAUCCUUCAAUCGAAGGGGGCUGUUUAG